GUUUGAUUUCCAAAAGAUGGCAACCACUCUUAGCUUUUCCAAGUUUUCAAUGGCUUCAACCGUCUACCCUGGUUCUAAAGAGGUAAAAGAGGUCAAGAAACUAUCCUAUGCCAAUUCCAUGGCCCCGGAAAAGGUUGAAAUAUUCAAAUCCAUGGAGGGUUGGGCAAGAGACAGCAUUUUGCCCCUACUAAAACCUGUUGAAAAAUCAUGGCAACCUACAGACAUGCUUCCGGAUUCGGAGUCGGACGGAUUCAUUGAACAGAUCAUUGAAUUGAGGGAGAGAACAAAGGAAAUUCCUGACGAUUGCUUGGUUUCUUUAGUUGGUAACAUGAUCACAGAAGAAGCUCUUCCAACGUAUCAGUCAAGAAUCAAUGGCACUGAAAUAUAUCAUGAUGAAAGCGGCAUAGACGACACUCCAUGGGCGAUUUGGACUAGAGCUUGGAGCUCCGAAGAGAAUCGCCAUGGAGAUCUUCUCAAUAAGUAUCUCUAUCUUUCAGGAAGAAUUGACAUGAAACAAGUUGAGAAGACUAUUCAGUAUUUAAUUGGUACAGGAAUGAACUUUGGCUUUGGAGAAAACCCUUACCAUUUGUCAAUUUAUACAUCAUUUCAAGAAAGAGCAACAUUCAUAUCUCAUGGCAACACAGCUAGACUUGCCAUGCAACAUGGAGACUCAACCCUUGCUAAAAUCUGUGGCACGAUCGCAGCCGAUGAAAAGCGCCAUGAAACCGCUUAUAGCAGGAUUGUCGGGAAGCUAUUUGAGGUUGAUCCUGAUGGUACAAUGGUGGCGUUUGCCGAUAUGUUGAAAUAUAGGAUCGCAAUGCCUGGCCAAUUGAUGUUCGACGGUCAGGAUAUGAAUCUGUUCGAUCACUAUUCUAAUGUUGCUACGCGACUUGGAGUCUACACGGCCACGGAUUAUAUUAAUAUUUUGGAACAUUUAGUGAGUUUUUGGAAUGUUGAGAAACUUGUAGGGCUCACAAGUGAAGCACAAAUGGCCCAACAGUUUGUUUGUGCAUUGCCAAAUAGGUUGAGGAAGAUGGAGGAGAGAGCUCGAGCUAGGGCUGUCCAAGCAGCUGCUGUUCCAUUCAGUUGGCUUUCCAAUAGAGAAGUUUAGCUGAAGAAGUAUCGUUUAUACAAGGGAAAUGAAGACGACCGACCAACAAAAUCCUUUGAAUAAUAAUCUUACACCUGUCUUCUAAAAUUACAUGCCUCUUUUAAUCCAUCUUAUAAGUUAUAUAAG